UCAGAGAACUCGGGAGAAGGCUGAAAGCAGGACUUCCAGGGUGGUGAUCUCCGGUUUGCUUCCAGUUACUCGUGCUGGAGCGGGCAGGAACAAGGAGAUAAUGGAUCUGAAUGUGUGGCUGAGGAACUGGUGCAGGAAGCAAGGAUUUACAUUCUUGGACCACUGGGGUAUGUUUUGGGGUUUGAAAUGGCAGAACACUUGUGCAUGGGAAUCUCAACAUGUCAGUUUUUGUCUCUCUGUCCGGAUAUAUAAGGAGUGACCAGAUAUUUUCUUUGCAAGACCAACACAUCUGUUGUCGAUCCUUGGAGAUUUCAACCCAGCUGGAAAUGUAUUCUGUCUCUGAAAUGAAGUUUUCUGUUGUAACUCAGUGAAAUCCACUGGAACCAGGAGCUGAGAACACACCAGCAUUUGUUCACUGGAGAUCAGUUCUUCAACUGCAUUGGUUGUACAAGGGAUUCAAAUGUCUGACUUUCUGUAUUGCCAAAUAGUUGAUCACAGUGAGCUAACAUUCUCCUCCACUCGGUGUGGGAAAGGAUUCUCUCAAACCCUACCUGCAGACACGCCCGUCAGUUCACAGUGGGGAGAGGCCAUUCACCCACUCUGUGUGAGGGAGGGGAACUACUCAGUCAUCCAGCCUGAAGAUACAUCAGCAAGUUCACACCAUAGUGAGAUGCUCCACCUGUUCUGACUGUGGGAAGCAAUUCAUUCUGUCAUCAAUGCUAAAGAUAUAUCUGAAAAUUCACCAGUGAGAGAACGCUAACCUGCUUAGAUGGUGGGAAGGCACUUGCACGCCACAGCCAUUCACCUGCUCUCUGUGGGAAAGGGUUCUCUGAAUCAUCUCAACUGUAUGAACACCAGCGAGUUCACACUAUAAAGAUGCCAUUCACCUGCUCAGACUGUGGGAAGCGAUUCACUCGCUCAUCCACACUCCAGAGACACCAGCGAGUCCACACUGGGGAGAAGCCAUUCACUUGCUCUGAAUGUGGGAAGGGAUUCACUCAGUCGUAUAAUCUGAAAGUACAUCAGCGAGUUCACACUGGGGAGAAGCCAUUCACAUGCUCUGAAUGUGGGAAGGGAUUCGCUGAUUCAUACUCCCUUGUGAGGCACUGCCGAAUUCACACUGGCGAGAAGCCAUUCACAUGCUCUGAAUGUGGGAAGGGAUUCACUGACUCAUCCCUUCUUGUGAGGCACUACCGGGUUCACACUGGCGAGAAGCCAUUCACGUGUUCAGAAUGUGGGAAGGGAUUCACUGACUCAACCCUGCUUGUGAACCACUGCCGAAUUCACACCGGGGAGAAGCCAUUCACAUGUUCAGAAUGUGGGAAAGGAUUCACUCAGUCAGCUCAUGUGAAGGUGCAUCAACUAAUUCACACUGGGGAGAAACCAUUCAGCUGUUCUGAAUGUGGGAAGGGAUUCACUCAGUUAUCCAGCCUCGUGAGCCACUGCCGAAUUCACACUGGGGAGAAGCCAUUCACCUGCUCUGAAUGUGGGAUGGGAUUCACUACGUCAUCUCAAGUGAAGGUGCACCAGCGAGUUCACGCUGUAGAGAGGCCAUUCAGCUGCUCUGAAUGUGGGAAGAGAUUCGCUGAUUCAUACUCCCUUGUGAAGCACUGCCGAAUUCACACUGGGGAGAACCCAUUCACGUGCUCUGAAUGUGGGAAAGGAUUCACUCAGUCAUCUCAUUUGAAGGUACAUCAACUAAUUCACACUGGGGAGAAACCAUUCAGCUGUUCUGAAUGUGGGAAGGGAUUCACUCAGUUAUCCAGCCUUGUGAGCCACUGCCGAAUUCACACUGGAGAGAAGCCGUUCACAUGCUCUGAAUGCGGGAAGAGAUUCACUCAGUCAUCGCAUCUGAAGGUACAUCAGGGAGUUCACACUGGGGAGAAACCGUUCAGCUGCUCCGAAUGUGGGAAGGGAUUUGCUGAAUCAUACUCCCUUUUGAAGCACUGCCGAAUUCACACUGGGGAGAAGCCAUUCACCUGCUCUGAAUGUGGGAAGGGGUUCACUGACUCAUACCACCUUGUGAAGCACUGCCGAAUUCACUCCGGGGAGAAGCCAUUCACCUGCUCCGAAUGUGGGAAGGGAUUCACUGACUCAUCCAACCUCGUGAGGCACUGCCGAAUUCACACUGGGGAGAAGCCAUUCACUUGCUCUGAAUGUGGGAAAGGAUUCGCUCAGUCAUCUAAUCUGAAGGUACAUCAGCGAGUUCACACUGGGGAGAAGCCAUUCACAUGCUCUUAAUGUGGGAAGGGAUUCACUGACUCAUCCCACCUUGUGAGGCACUGCCGAAUUCACACUGGGGAGAGGCCAUUUCACUUGGUCAGAAUGUGGGAAGGGAUUUGCUCGGUCACCUCGACUGAUUGAACUUCAGCGAGUUGUGAUGAACCCCGUGGACUGUCAUUUUAAGAGAGAGUGCCUGAGUUUGAGUCUUAGAGAGAGAGAGGGGUGGAACUUUUGGACUCUGCAGCUUGUUUUGAUUUAAACACACUCACACACAGUCAGUCGCAGUUGGAGUCGGACAAUGGAAGGAAGACAGUGACUGCUUGGAACUUACGAGUGCCCAAAAGGCUGGGUUGACUGUCGACCCAGCACACCGGUAAGUGGCUAUCAGGUUGUGUGAUUGGGGCAACCUUGUGGAAUCUACCUAUGUGUUAAUCCUUGCCUGGGUGGUAGUUUCCUUUGAAGAUGGUCCCCCUGUGAUAAGCUACUAUUGGUGAAGAUUCGUAAUUGGAUUUGGAACGAUGACAGAUAAAACCUAUGGCGAUAGUUGUUCUGUAUUACUACCGUGGAAUUUGUGGAAUACGACAUAAGUGCCUUCUUUUGAUAUUCACCUUGGGGUACAAGUAUCUCUCUUUCACAUCAUUUAAUCCAUGGAUGAACUGAACUUUGAUACCUGACCAUCUUAAGAUUCUAAGCCUUGUGCCCCCUCGAGCUAAAUAGUUUGGGAUUUUUAUUUGCACAUAUGUAUACUCAUAACACAGCUAACUUCUGAUUAUUCUUGCUUAAGUUACCACAUUAAAUAGAUACUAAUAAAGAGAGUG